AUGCCCUCACAUCAGAGAGAGUCGAGGACUCGCGCUUCUGAUGCGCAAAAACGCGAUAGCUCCGGUGUCCGCAUUUCUGUGAGCUCGGGACAGCCGCAGGAUGCAAGUUCUUUAAGGGGUAGCGUGGCUCGCAGCCACAGUAUAGAACCGUGGGACACUGCAGAAGCUGGCCGCAGUAAGCGGGCGACUGCAGCGACAGCUCCAGUAUCGGCGUCAGGAAGUGCUGCUGACAGCAGUAGCAGGCGUGACAGCAGGAAAAAUCGGCAUGGAGCUGCCGCUGGUGCGUCGGCAGUUGAUGCAAGCAGUGGUAGUAGCAGCUUCAGUUCGGCAACAAACCACCCGGGCGAGCCACCUCGGCGUGGUGGGUCUGGGACGCAUGGCAGCAUAAAGCCGCAGCAUGUGGGCGGGUCUGUUGGCCAGCGCCGCAGUAGCAACGCCAGUUUGGGGUCAAAUCGCUCUGACGACCCAGAGGAGGAGGCCACUUGCCCGUUAUGCCUUGAGACCCUUGACGAAACGGACAGGGGUCUGUUUCCGUGUGAAUGCGGCUACCAGGUUUGUCUCUGGUGUCUGCAUCAUAUCCGGGACCACUUGGCUAACAAGUGCCCGGCUUGCCGUCGAGACUAUGAUGAAAAGAAGUUUAAGUACGACCAGACGAGGGUUUUAGAUCGCGUUAUGCCUGAGGGGAAAAUGAGAUUGGCGUGGUUGGACAGGCUGACAAAGCAAAUCGGGCGCAAGUCAAGGGAGAAGGUAUGUGGGGCGCCCGACCCGACGAGAACUGGUAGCAGCGCUGGUGGUGGCGGUGGCGGCAGCAGCAGCAGCUGCAACAGCAGCACCCGAACAGUCUGUGCCGUUGGACAAGCUAGGGGAGGCACAGCCAGGAGCGGUUCUACGUCCUCAUACAGUUGCAGCGGGAGAGUCACCUCAGUUCAACAUCCAGCAGGGGCUGACCGCCGAGGCUCAAGGGAGGCAGCAGCACCAGCACCUGCACAAGCAGCGGCUCUUAAGGACGUCCGGGUGAUCCAGCGUUGUUUGGUGUAUGUAAUUGGUAUUCCACCCUCAAUUGCAAAGAAGGAGAUUCUGCGCCGACAAGAGUUUUUCGGGCAGUAUGGCAAGGUCCUCCAGAUUGUCGUCAAUAAGAACCAGGGCCAUUGGGGAGGACCAUCUUUUGCAGUCUACGUCACAUACUCAACAAGCAAAGAAGCUGUGGCAGCUAUCCAAGGCGUUGACGGCGCGGUCUACGAAGGGCGAACUCUUAAGGCUUCCUUUGGCACCACCAAGUACUGUUCGCACUUUCUUAAGGGUGUCAAAUGCCAAAACCCGGAUUGCUCCUAUCUGCACCAGCUCGGAUCAGGCAAAGACAGUUUCACGAAAGAGGCUAUGAUCAGUGCGAAACACCAAUUCUUGGACCUGACGUUCCCAAGCAAUUCGGAAAGGAAGCAAACGGGAAGUCUGUUUGGAAAAAUUUUGGACUCGGGGAACCGCGGUGGCAUGCAGAGGGAAGAGAAGGAGGGACAGGUGGACGUAGAAAUGAAUGAGGCAGGGAAGGGGGAUUGCAUUGAAGACGAGGAUUCCGAUGAAUUUUCAUCUUCGCCGCAGGCUGCAGGGAGGGGAGGAAGCACAAAUACAGCAGCAACAGUGCCUUCGUCCAGUGUCGCUGUUGUGACUAGUAGUGUGCAUUCCAUCGGAGCAGCACAGCCGACCUCAGCAGCAGCUGAAGGAGAAGAUACCAGCGUCUGCGGAGGAUCGAAGUCCAGAUCAAAGCCACUGUCUAGCUCCUGUAACACAUGGGCGUCAGUUGCGGCAGGAAGCGUGAAGCCGAGCUCUGUAGCGACAACAGCAGCAGCAACAGUAGCAGCGUCAGCAUCUGUCCAGGAGAGCAUUCCUGUCUGUAGUGGCGGCACCGACAAGAUGCGGCAGCUUAAACACCAAAGUGAACACCAUGAGGAGUCGGAAGACACACAACAUGCAAAAGAAGAGGACACCAAGCGACUCACUAUUGGCGGUUUGCCGGGCAGCAUUACUGGGAACGUGGACAAUGCCUUGCCGGAUGCGUGUGACUUCCACGCGAUGAAUGAACAUGAAGUUGCUGCAGCUGGCACAGAGUCUUUGCCGCCAGUUUGUGACGAGUCCAAAGUUACUGAAGCAGAAACGGAAAACUCCGCAGCGGAGAAGGGCGGCGCACAUGCAGCCUCGUCGGACCGACCCGCAGAUGCUGGUAACUUUAGGCAGCAGCAAGAGGAACAGCAACACCGAGAAGAAGACGUACCGCAACAAGCCGCAGGCUGGCCAGCACUAAAAGGGACGCUGCAGGCAAUGGGCACCGAGUUUCGAGGGGCCCCUCUUCAGUCCAUUGGGGAACUGGCACUGCCGGCCUCUCCUGCUACAGCUGGUGCUGAUGAAUGCCCGCAGCAACUACAAACGCUGCUCCCAGCGCAGCAGCAGCAGCGCCUCUUGCACCAAAUGGAGCAGAAUCAGAGACGAUUGGCAACUAUGCAGUUCGAAAGUACCGCAUCUCAGUUGGUCAGCAGUGAAUCAGCUGCUUCAUUCCCAGCGGAACAGUUUAUCCAACAACAGCAGCGUUUGCUCCGCCUCUGUGCGCCGGGUUGCAUGGCUCAAGCAGCAGAUCAGGUGGAGCCUGGAGGAGGCAGGUUUGGCCCGCCUCCGGGCCUUGAGGCGUUGGGUGGACCCAACAGUAAGAAAGGGUUCAGUGCAAGAGGCAGCAGCAGUAGUAGUAACAGUAGCAGUGGCAGCAGGUUUCACCUAGGCAGCGGAGGAGUUGAUUUAUCUGGAGAUAUUCUGGGACAACUGGUACCAAAUGACGGUGUUGCUAGUGUGCCGUUUACUGGGCUUACAGUUCAGGGCGCCUCAUCAGGCGGCGGCGGCAGCAGCAGCAGCAGCAGCAGCACAUCUCGCUUUGCAUUCGCAUCAAAAGCAGCUGACGAUGACGAUGCACUAUUUGAAAUUCCGGGAGUUGAGGACUGUGUACAGUGGUUUACGACCCCCAGUAGAGCCUCGGCCGCUGAAGAGCAGACGCUGGCAGACACUCAACAGCACCACCAGCAACAGCUGGGGUCUAUUCUCUCAAAUAGAGAAUUGCCUCCCCUGUUAAGUACAGGAGGUGGAAGCGAGCAGCUCUCUGCGCUGACUGAUGGUAGCUGGACGCAGCAGCAGCAGCACAAAGAUUUUGUUUUAGGGCCUGGAGUGGGCCUCGCUUCGCUGACUGCAGCUCAUCAGCGGCAGCAGCACCAGCAGCGUCACCCCUCCGAUUGGUGGCGAAAUCUUCAGCUUCCUCCAGGCAUGGUGAUGCAAAAUAAAGCUGACUUGGGGACUGGCGGUGGUGCCUCUGCCGCGGCUACUGCAAUGGAUCGUCUUGAGACGCUAAACGCCGGUAGAGGAGGGUGGAACGCCGGUAACUCUUGUUUUCUUGGGCAUGAACAACAGCAGCAGCAUGUGUUGCAGCAGGAACAUCUCCAGCAACUGCUUCGCCAGCAACAACAUAUGGCUGUCCAUCAAUACCAACAGCCACAGCCCAGGGUGCGUACAGCAACGAACCCUGCAGAGCAACAGGCACACCAGCAGUCUCAGCUGAUGCUGCAGCAACAACAGCAGCAGGAGCAGGAGUGUCAGUUUACUUUACUGCAACAAUUGGUGCCCCCCCACACACUCAGUUGCGUUGGCUCGGAAGAUCCAAAAGAAACAGUGAAGCUUCUUCUGUCUCUCAUGCCGAACACCCUGAGCCAGGCCCAGCGAAUGCCUCCACCGCAGCAACAACAGGUUCUUCGGUAUGGAGACAACAGUAAUGCCGCCUUCCCUCUUAAUGCGCCGAUGAGUCGGAACACGGAUGCGUUGGCCCGAAUGCUAUCAGCAAGAGGGGGGGCCACUCCGGUCCUCCCUAGAACCCAAGUAGGUACAACUUCUGGCCCUUUGGGUCGAAACGUGGUCGAUGAUGCCCCUGAUAACAGUUGGGGGGACGCUGUCGCUAAUGCAGCAGCCCCUGAAAGUGGCCGCGGCCGAUCUGCCCCACGCAAACGGUCUGGCUCUGUCGCUGACGUGGAAGAACGGGGCGGCGGACCUACUCGUGGGUUUUACUCCCAGCUUGGCUCACAUGUUUCGGAUUUCCAGCAAAUUCCGUCGAGUUUGGAUGCCCGAGGAGGGACUGGGCUUUCAGGAAUGCCUGGGCGCCUCGGGCCAUCAGGGGCCCCAGCAGCUACAGUAAGCCCCUCUGAUGGAGAGACCUUGCCAUCAGUCGGCAUUGCAACCUCUCUUUCAUCAGGAAAUGAUUUGCUUCCAUUUUUGCAGAGACGGCGGAUGCAACAGAUACAACAGCAGCAGCUGCAGCAACUCCAGAGAGCCCUUGAGUCCCAGCGGCUGGAAUGA